AUGUUACCUGAACUGAAAUCAAUUUCUGAAAAUGGAGUAUUUUCAUCUUCAUCUUCAACUACCUCUUCACCAAUUUUCAAUCCUCGUUCACAGGCCGAAAGAAAUAAUAAACAAUUAGAAAAUCAAAUCGCUGAUAUUCAUGAAAUAGAUCUAUUAUGUGACGAAUCAUUCAGUCAAAUUAUGAAAGAAGAAGAAGAGGAAGAAUUUAUCUCUGAUGUUUCUUCGAAAGAAGUUGUUAUCUCCGAUGCUUUUUCUACGAAUUGCAUCAUCUUCGCGUUGAAUAAACGUAAGAAAUUACAUUCUGAUGAAGAAGAAGAUGGAAAUGCAACAAAGACUAUUUAUGACGCGAAUAAAUUACGUAAAAUUCAUGAAGAAGAAGGACAAAAGGAGCAUAAUGGUCAGAAUGAAAAUCAAGAAUCUAAACUACAUGAAGAAAAAAGCGAUGAUGGAAACCAAGAAAACACCAAUGGAGAAGAAGAUGAAAACAAAGGAAGAAAGAGAGGGAACAACAGAGGAAAUGGAUGA